AUGUCAACCAACCAACGACGUAAGCGGCGUUCAUACAGCUGUGGCCCUUGCAAAAAACUAAAGUUAAAAUGUGACCUUCAGAUCCCUUGUCGUUCUUGUGAAAGAUCAAGGAGAGCCGACAAGUGCCUUGAAGAUCCACCACAACCACCUUCUGAGGAGGAACUAGAACGGAUCGCCAACCGUAGACGCAAGAAAACCCAAUGGAAACAGAGAAACUCGGCGAUUUCCGAGACGGAAGUAUCAAUAGUCAUCGACACUUCUCACCCACCAAUGGAAACUUCCAGUCCGCUUCAUUCCAAAUACGUGCCGCCUCAAAGUCUUCAUACCACCCACAAUUCAGCAUGGCAACCUGAAGCUGCUCCAUCAGCCCCAUCAGCUCCACCAGCUCCAUCAGCACCAGCACCACCAGCACCAGCACCACCAGCUCCAACGCCAUUUUACACUGCAUUUCCUCUUCCUGGAGUCUCACCACCACCGUUUCCAUUUCCGGGAAGCAUUCCGCUUGGUGUCGUACCCAUUCUUCCCAGCCAGUAUUCUAAUGGUUCGACUCACAUAAAUGAACAUUUGGACCCACCAAUAAAACAAGAACCAGACUUGGAAACUCCGAACAUUAAUCAUAUCGACAGACAAAUAAGCAUCCAGUUUAAAGACCAGGUCCCAGAGACAAUAUACCACCAACAACUUGCUCAACUUCAAUAUCCUCAGCCCAUCGCUCCUCCACCUUUCGAAGCGUGCACCCCAAGAGGACCCUCCCAAAUUGACAUUGAGGAACACGAGGAUCGCCAAACCCUUAUUGCCCUACUGGAGGAAGAAACAGCUCAAUUUCGAGCCAAGUUUGCUUAUUCGAAUGAGUUCUUCAACCAGCUAUAUUUAAAUCACAGGCAAGCUUCAAAAGACUUUGUAGAAGCGGUUUUGCCAACGGCACGGGCUAUCGUGAUGUUCGUAGACUUUCUUCGGGACAUUAGCAUCAACAAUGAUACCGAGUUUUACACCAAUGUGGAUACUCUUCGAAUGGUUUCUCUAGGCAUUAGCAUCAUGAUCAAUGGGCUCUUGUAUAUCAAUGACUCUCCCGAAUUGGUAUCGAGCAAAGCGGAGGUGUUGGUAGAAUGGAAUUCAUUGUUGUUGAGUAUCCAUGCCAAACUCCGUAAGAACCUCAAACUUACCGACGCCUUAUACAACAUAACGUGGGUAUUGGUUCGUCAUGUGUAUUUGUUGGCAAACAAAGACUAUGAUGCACUUUGUGAAUUGCAACAAGACAUUGUGGUUUUUCUUUAUGAAAAUAAAGAUUUUGCUGACCUCGUUCGUGAACGGGAUGAAAAUAUGGUGUACCCAGAUACCACCGAAUUUCAUAUAAUUGGACGACUUUGGUUACUUUUUCGCUUGGUUGAGCUAGAAGUACCUAGAAUACAGCGGUGGCAGGUAUCCGAUUCGUUCAAGUUGUUACUGACAUCAAUUGUUCCUCAUAAGGAGGCGGCGGAAAGCAAUUUUCCGGUACCCUUAUUCGUAUGUUAUCAAUCAAGAGUUUAUCAUGAAGCUUGCAUCAUACUACUAUAA